AUGGUGUCGCUGAAGCUACAGAAGCGGCUUGCCGCCAGCGUCCUCAAGUGCGGCAAGGGCAAAGUCUGGCUUGACCCUAAUGAAGUCGACGAACUCUCCAGAGCCAAUUCGCGUCAAAACAUCAGGAAGCUUGUCAAGGAUGGUUUCAUCAUUAGGAAGCCAACCAAGAUUCAUUCUCGAUCUCGUGCUCGUCGAAUGAAGGAGGCAAAGAGAAAGGGACGUCACUCCGGAUAUGGUAAGCGCAAGGGUUUAAAGCUUGUUUCCAAAAGGAGAUUCCAAAAUCAUCAUAAUGAACUGGUAUGA